AUGUGUGCUCCUGGAUGCUCAGAGUGCAUUGCAGACUAUACAUGCAAAGAGCAGUGUGCUCCAGAGUAUGAUAAUGACAACACUUGUCUUCAUUGUUUAUUUACUGACCUUUCCAACUUGUCAAAGCCAAUUUUUAUACAGAACCAAAAUCAAUGCAUGGAAACAAAUAAGAGAAUAAAGACAAAGAAUGUGCUUCCAGAGGAUAAGUACAUCACAGAUAUUUCUUUUGAAACUCCAAUUGAAUUUGUAUUAAACAAUGAGAGUCUUGUCGAUUUUUCAUUCUGUAGAAGUCGACAGAAAUUCACAUUUGGUAGAUGGUUUUCAGUUAACAUGUCUCAACUUGAAUACGACCAAUUGGUUGUUUCAAUAUACAAACUUGGAGAGUGUGGAAAUGAUUUGAACGUUGAUAUAACAAAUUCACAAAGGGAUUUCACCAACCUUAAGUGUCUCUCCCACUCUUCAUUAAAUUCUUCAUAUAUAGGAAGAGAAGUAAGAAUACCAAAAAUCAGCCCGUAUAUUGAAGAACCAGAAAGAAAAUAUAAGUACUACAUUUAUAUUUCAGUAACACAAUUAUGUGAUGUGAAAUUAAAUUUGUCUGUUUCUGGUACUUCUGGUAAAAUUCUUGAUCCUUUUAUUAACAUUAAUCAGAAUAUAACAGAUAAUUUGAUUAACAAUAUUGGAACUCCGAUGAUUUUGAACUUCCCUUUACAAGCACAAGGAUACUUUGGAUUUCCUGUUUGCAUUCCACAUAAGUUAUUUAAGUGUCUUGUUUUCUCAAUCGAGUAUAUUGGUAAUUAUUAUCUAGUUUUUGAUGGGACAAAGUCAAAUAAAAUGCAAUACAUCACAGAAUUUUUCAUUGAAAAAACUUCUGAAGGUGUUGAAAGUGUAAAGUGUGGGGGUUUAUGGAAUGGUAAUAAAAUAGGAAUUAUGAAUGAACACGAUAAUUUGGGUAUUUCUGUAAAAUUUGAUGAUAAAAAAGGUGUCAAAAGAAUGUUAACAGUAAUAACAGAAGACCAAGACUACGACACCGAAAUUGAGAUGUACGCAAUUUGUCCUGAUAAUUGUGGAGAAUCAGAGGGAAGAGGGAAAUGUUCUUGGACAGAAAAAAAAUGUAUUUGUAGCCCUAAAUAUGGAGGAGACGAUUGUCACCUUCUGUGUUACUACAAUAGAGUAUGGCAAAUUGAUAACACUUCUUUGUGUUAUUUUGGAGCGCUUGGAUGUGAUCAAUAUUGCCAUUGUAGAACAGGAAUGACACAAAAGAACCACUUUUGUAUUUCAGAUGAAUGUUUGAGUGGAGGAGCUGCUGCAGAUGAUGAGUGUAUAGCGGGGACAGAAGCAUGUCUCCAAAACUGCCAAUGUUUCGUGAAAGGUGGUUUUGAGCCAACAAGUGAGAAAAAAUGUAAAGCUAAAGUGUGUGGAAAUGGUAUGAUUGAUAAAUUGUAUGACUCGAAUGAUGUCUAUAUGCGGACUGAGGAAUGUGACAAUGGAACAAAUUGCGACAAAUAUUGUCGAUGUUUUGAAGGAUUUAAGACUGAUCCAAACAAUCCAACUUCUUGUAUAAAGGUUACAAUAGAAACAGUUGGAAUAGUUGGUAUUGUGGUGGGAAGUAUUGUUGGACUUGUAAUAAUCAUUGGUUUGGUUAGUCUAAUCUUGAUCUUUGCAAUGCGUUAUGUAAAGGUGGAUUUUAAUAUUUAUAAAACACAACAACCUCUCUAUCAUUUCUACAUUUCUGGAUCUUCAAGAACUCCACCAAGUAAGGAAAAUAGAUACUUUAUCGACCCAGUCAAUCUCGACUUUGGAAACAAAACAAGUGCAACAAAUAUCAACGACACCCGUUAUGAGAAGAUUGAAGUGAAGAAUUUCAGUAAAAACAAAUAUAUGAUGAUUAUCUUCCACGUUCCACAAUCGCCAAAAUACACGUUCUAUUUCGAUCCUCAAGUGAUGAUCUUGUCACCCAGAGCAAAUAAAAUUAUCACGUGUUAUAUGACUCUGUAUUGUACAACAAGAAUCAGAGACUUAAAAAUGCCAUAUACUGUGUGUUCGACACAUAUUGAUUUGGAUGAAUUGAAUAUGUCCGAAUAUCCAAUUGCUGAAGGAGCCAACGGAAGAGUUUUCAUUGGUAACUACAGAAGUGUACCAGUCGCAAUCAAGCAGUUCAGGUGGGAAAAUUUGGAAUUGGAUGAAGUAACCGAAUUGAAGAAAAAUGUUAUCCAAGAGUGUGAAAUGAUGAGCAAAUUAAGAAAUCCAUUCAUUGCAAAUUACAUGGGGUCUGUAACUUACAUUCCACAAGUGUCUAUGGUGAUCCAGUUCUUUGUUCUUGGUUCUUUGGGAGAGUAUUUGCGAAAGGAAAAAGAGGACUACGUUGUACUUCCUUACAAGUUAAAAGUGCGAAUGUUGUUUGACACUGCAAGAGGGAUGGAAUUUUUACAUGAGAACCGUAUCAUGCACCUGGACUUAAAGCCAGACAAUUUGCUUGUCAACUCGCUUGAUCCAAACAGUGCUUGUUCAAUCAAGAUCACUGAUUUUGGUACGUCACGAUUCACAAAAAAGUCGAUGAAAAAGGGAGAAGAAAAAGGACUUGGAACACCAAUUUAUGCGGCACCAGAAACAACCCGAGACGAAUACACUUUUGCUGGUGAUGUCUAUUCAUAUGGAAUAACAGCAUGGGAAUUGUUUUAUCAAGAAGAGCCCUUUAAAGACCUCAAGUCGAUAUUUGAAAUCAAAAACCAUGUUUACAACGGCAAAAGACUUGAAAUAGAUCACAGAAUGCCAAACGCCUAUCAAACUCUUGUUGAGUCUUGUUGGAUACAAGACCCACUCACAAGACCAAAUUUCGAGACUGUAUGUAAGAUGGUCAUUCAAAUCAAUGAAGACUGUCCAAAUCAUAUAGAUUUAGACAACAAUGUCUCUCUUGAUAAAAUUGAAGGCUUGAUUGAAAAAAGAACUACGAAAAUGAACAACAUGCUUUGUGAUGUUGUGAAGGAGUGA